UACAACCGACUCUCCUCUUGUUCUACAUAUUCGCACACAUACUGACAUACACACAUAAGCCUUGUCCUACAACUGCAACUACUAGCUAGUCUGAAUCGGUUGCUGCAUUGUAGAAGCGAGGCCACUGGAGCAAGAAACCAGCGGCUGCACUUCUGCAAGCAUGAUCAAACUGAGGUACUCCAAGAGGCUCUUCAAGAGGAGCUCCUCGUCGAAGCAGGCCAGUGCUUGCGGGGGCGGCGAUGGCAAUGCAGCCGGUGUCGGUGUCGGCGUCGGCGGCCGCGGAGGCGCUGGGGAGAUUGAGUGGGAGGUGAGGCCGGGAGGGAUGCUGGUGCAGAAGAGGGAAGGGAGGGCCGGCGAGGAGGUGAUCACGGUGAGGGUGUCCACUGGCUUCUCCUGGCAUGAUGUGUCCAUUGGAGCCACCUCCACUUUUGGGGAGCUGAAGGUGGUGCUGUCCAUGGUGACAGGGCUGGAGCCCUGUGAGCAGAGGCUGCUGUUCAGGGGCAAGGAGAGGGAGGACACCAACCACCUCCACAUGGUUGGGGUGAGGGACAAGGACAAGGUCCUGCUCCUUGAGGACCCUGCCCUCAAGGACAUGAAGCUCCAGGCCCAUACGGCACAGGUCGUGCAGGGGUCAUGCCAGCCUUUUAUCCAAGUGUAGCCUGGUCUAGUCCGGAUCAUCAUCGUGCUAAUUAUUUACUACUACUUGUUAUAAUUAUAAAUCGUACUAUUUAGUCCGGCGCCAAGGUUUAAUUUCUGGAAUGUUUUUUAUAUCCGGAAUAGGGGUUUGUUAUGUAAUCUCCCACUUAGUUCACUGUAAACGCCACUCCAGGGAAGGGCUAAGGUCCCUGAAGAUGAGAGUGACAGAACCUUUUAAUCAUGUAGUUAGUUGCAAGUAUCAGCCAUGGUGGUUGUGCUGCGACGCUAAGCCUGAUGUUGGGCUUUUUAUGGUCCCUACUACUUUGGUCCAUUCCAUCUCAUUCCUACAUGGGUUAUGGAUAGAAAUGGAAAAUUGUAUGUAUCUUGUGUCCCUGUACCCAUGAUGAAAUUUCUGCCUUAUCUGG